CUUCUGCUUGGCGCCCCUCGGCCUCUCCAUCUGCUCUGGUCUGAUCCUCUUCCAUGGGUUAUUCCUUUUACUCGCGAAUCCAUCCCAUUCAUCCAUUCAUGUACCCACCUAUUUAGAUAUCAAUCAAAUCUUUGAUAUCAUACAAUCGAUAUGGAUCUCCCCAUGGACGCAUCAUAGUCAAAGUUAUCGGAAAAUGCUCCUCAUCCAACCACAUGCCUUCCACGCUAGGAGAGCUGACCCUCUCGAUAGUCUUUAACAUUCUCCUCCACCUUGGCAGUCAACCUAGAUCUGAGAAUGCCAUCUACUAUAUCUAAUUCAUCUCGAAACCGCAAGGACUCACAUACGCGUCCUCGUGUUUCUUUGUCGGAGCCGAAAAUCACCAACACGAGCCUCCCAGACUCCCGAAAACACUCUUCUGAGUCCUCCACUGUACCUCAGAACUCCUUAUUUGUCGUGGAUCUUUCUGGAGAUAGGCGUAACCUGCAGUAUGGGGAACCAGAUCGAUAUGCAACUCCCCGAUAUCGCCUAGCCGGCAGAGGUGCUUCCAUUGGUCUUGAUCGCAGCCAUCGCACUGUCGGCUCCACCGAUGCUAGAUUUCGUAAAAUACAGAAUGUCGAGCUUGACCUGGGCCAGAGGUCUUCCAAACACUCUCUAUUGUCUACAUUGCCCUCGGAACCACCAUACCAGAUCAGGAAUCAAUCUAACCCCACAGAUGAUCUGAAUCGAGAUUUCAUUGCCCUGCAACACCUCCCGCCCACCAAGAAGCGACGCCUGGUGUUGGGAGGGCUGGAUGACCCUCAUUCCACUGAUGAUGAGUCCGACGAAUCAGAGACCAUUGAACAAGAUGAUUUAGAUACCAAAUUUGAGACGUUCAAGAACGAUCCGGUGCAUCAAGAACACAUGCGCCUCUCACAAGCAACUAAAGACCACCCGCAAGAUGCCGAAGCCUGGCUGAAACUUAUCGAGUACCAAGAUCUCGCGUAUGAUGCCACGAAUGGCCCCCAGGAAUCACCUGCUCUAUCCACCAAUGGCUUGAUAGACCUCAAGAUUUCGCUGUAUGAGCAGGCUCUGGCACGGGUCAAGGACAGAACGUCAAGGGAAAUCCUCAUCACCGGCCUGAUGCACCAAGGCAGCAGGAUUUGGGACUUACAGAAACAGAGGUCUCAGUGGCAAGCCUACUUGAAUCAGGAUUCUUCUUUUGAUCUCUGGGUCAUGUAUCUGAAUUUCGUACAGACCACUUCUGUUGGCUACUCUACCCAGGAAUGCUUGAAGGUUUACAGGCGCUGCUCAUCCCUCUUCAGUCUGCACCCCGCAGCUGCAGAUCGAGACAAUCAGCUGAUUUAUCUUGUCCUGCGUACAUCUCUCCUGCUAUGGGAAACCGAUCAUACCGAACUGGCCAUCGGCUUAUGGCAGGCACUCUUGGAGUUCGCGUUUUUCCGACCUCCCGAUCUGACAUCUGACCAUAUCAUGUCCUCCUUCGAGGAAUUCUGGCACCGCGAGACCCCACGCAUUGGCGAAGAGGGUGCAAUGGGAUGGAGCUCCGAUAGCAGGGUACAGGUCAAUGCUCGAUCUGACCUCAAGCCAGGUAUCAUGACCAGUCCUCCGAUCCAGAGUUGGGCAUCAAUCGAAAUGGCCUUGUCUCAGAAUGCUGGGCUCCCAGCUAGGUCACUGGAUGAGGUUGACGAGGCUGAUCCCUACCGCGUUGUUCUCUUCUCCGACAUAUCCCCUCACCUUUUUUGCCCAACCACUGACGAGGGCCUCUCGUUACUAUUGGACGCGUUCUUGGUCUUUGCCGGCCUAGAUCCUGUUGCAUCCCUGCUCAAGUCGCAAGGCUGGCAGCGAGAUCCCUUCCUUUCCACUCGGUCGGCCCACUCCCAGCAACUCGUCAGUCCACCAGAGAUUCCGCUGCAGGAGAACUUGGCCAAUCGCCUAUCAAUGUCACAACGACCUGCCGACAUGUAUUCCGCAAUGGUCUGUCGGGUGCUUAGCCAACUAGCUCUGUCCAGAUCUUCCGCCCUCAACACAAAGUCCUUGAUGCGCUAUAUCAUUCAGCUCGAGUCGCGUCAGGACCUUGGAGCUUCACGAAAGAUGGCAAAGACCUUCUUGAAGCAUAGUUCUAGCAGUCUGACUCUGUACAACUCAUUCGCUGUGCUUGAGUGCCGGCUUGGCAAUUUUGAGGCUGCAGAAAAGGUAUGGUCUACAGUAUUUUCGAUGCGAGACUCUUUGGAAGAGGAGGACACUUGCUCAAUCUUUCAUGUGUGGCGAGACUGGAUUUGGUCUUGCAUGGUCCAGAAAUUGUUUCAACGAGCAAACAAGUUGUUGUCGAUGAUACCCGAUCUGCAUUUCAACUUCUCAGAGCUCGAUCAGUCUCGUCUGUCACCCACAGCCGCAGCACAAAUCAAGUCUGACCGAUAUCUCCAAGCCGAAAUUGACUCUCAAACUCACCAGGAUCGUCCCAUGAAACUAGAACCAUUGAUCGAUCUAUCGGUGUUUUCCCAGUAUUUGAGCGCGGGGAUGGACCUGUCAGUGGCUAUUAGGUCAUAUCAGGAUAACCUCGAGAAACUGUCCCGGGCAACUCCAAGACAGCCGCUCAGCGCCUUUGAAGCGAUCCACAUAAGGCGUGCACAAUUUCUACAUACCCAUGCAACGACUUUUGGCUUGGCAUAUAAGCCCAGAGAAAUUGUCAAGGUUCUGACAGAAUCCGUGGACCAAUUUCCAGAGAACCUGGAUCUGGUAAAAUUCCAACAUAUUUACUGUCAGCAAGCCGGGAUAGUCGAUCGCCUGCGCGAGGUUGGCUCGAUCGCCCAAGCGCGCACGACACCAAGCAACGCUGCAAUCAGUUUGUUCAAAGCCGCCAUAGAGCUGGGCCGUCCAGCGUACUCUGGGAGUACAGACCACAGUAUUCGUGCUACCUUCCGAAGGCUCACUGCGCCAGGCGAGAGCGGUGCUCAUUUUGUGAACAUCUGGCGGACUUUUGUCCUGUGGGAGGCCUCAGUGGCCCGAAGCUUUAUUCAAGAUUCGGCCAGAGGAAAGGAGGGAGACUCAGGCGUGCAGGAUAGGUUGAAGCGGGUCAAGGAUACAUUCUACAUGUCACUUGGAGCUUGUCCGUGGUCGAAGGAGCUCUACAUGCUUGCCUUCACUGACAAUAUCGUGAGGCGGGCCCUUGGUGAAGUCGCGCUCAAGGAGGUUUAUCUCAGCAUGUCAGAUAGAGGGUUAAGACUGCGAAUGGAUAUUAGCGAGGACUUAAUCUGAUGCUU